CAGAGUUCAAACCUUCAUCGAGUCCUCCGGAACAACUACAUUCGUCAGUCCCCCAGUCAAACACCCCACUUCGGAAAAAUCUCUCGCAAUACUGAUUGCAGCGAUCAUUUCUGCUUGAUAAUUAGUAAUGGGGUUCUUCAAAAUGUCAAACACCCCACUUCGGAAAAAUCUCUCGCAAUACUGAUUGCAGCGAUCAUUUCUGCUUGAUAAUUAGUAAUGGGGUUCUUCAAAAUUCUGGUAUCUUUUAUCGUUUGCUGCUGUUUUGUGGCUUCUGCUAAGUUCGCUUCCGCAGAUUCCUUUCUGAGUAAAGAAAGGUUGGUUGAUGUUCCUGGCAAGUUUCUUAAUAUGGCGAAAAGACCGGAUCUUUUGGAGUGGAUGGUUCGUAUUAGGAGGGCCAUUCAUGAAAACCCUGAACUUGGUUUUGAGGAAUUUGAGACUAGUAAACUUAUUAGAACUGAGCUUGAUAAAAUGGGAAUUCCUUAUAAGCACCCCGUGGCUGUUACUGGUGUGGUGGGCUAUAUUGGUAGCGGAAAGCCGCCCUUUGUUGCCCUCAGGGCAGAAAUGGAUGCCCUAGCUAUGCAGGAAGGUGUUGAAUGGGAACACAAAAGCAAAAUUCCUGGAAAGAUGCAUGCUUGUGGACAUGAUGCUCAUGUUGCCAUGCUCCUUGGUGCUGCAAAGUUGCUUCAAGAACACCGAGAUGAGCUACAGGGUACUGUUGUUCUGGUUUUUCAACCAGCUGAAGAAGGAGGAGGAGGAGCUAAGAAAAUGCUAGAUUCUGGCAUACUGAAGAACGUUGAUGCUAUAUUCGCGCUGCACGUCUCUUACAAAUUUCCCAUCGGAACAGUUGCUGCUAGACCAGGGCCUAUUUUGGCAGCGAGUGGUUUCUUCGAAGCUGUAAUUAAAGGAAAAGGUGGGCAUGCAGCCCUUCCCCACACCAAUAUCGAUCCUAUUGUAGCAGCUUCUAACAUAAUUGUUAGUUUGCAACAUCUCAUUUCACGUGAAGCGGAUCCCUUAGAUUCACAGGUAGUAACAGUUGGAAAAUUCGAAGGUGGUGCCGCAUUCAAUGUGAUUCCUGAUUUUGUUACAAUAGGUGGAACAUUCAGGGCGUUUUCAAAAGACAGUUUCACGCAACUUAAGAAAAGGAUUGAAGAGGUAAUUUUGACACAAGCAGCAGUACAGAGAUCCAAUGCUACUGUUGACUUCAAAUCAAAUGAGAAGCCGUUUUACCCAGUAACUAUAAAUGAUAAUCAGUUGCAUAGUCAUUUCCAAAAUGUAGCUGGGCAAAUGCUGGGUGCCACAAACAUUUUACAAUCUACACCCUCCAUGGUAGCAGAAGACUUUGCCUUUUUCGCUGAAUCAAUUCCUGGGUUCUUUUAUAGCAUCGGAAUGCAAAAUGAUACCAAGGAACAACUCAAGCCAGGGCAUUCUCCGUAUUUCAAGGUAAAUGAAGAUGUCUUCCAAUAUGGCGCUGCUCUGCAUGCAUCAUUGGCUGCAACUUAUCUCCUUGACCGUCAUCCAAAACUAUCUACUCAAGACAAAAAUAUGCAUGACGAGCUAUAAGGUCUCGGAAGUGGUGCUUCUUAACGUAAAAUGUGCAGAACUAGUUGGAUUUGAGGAUAACCAUGCAAUGGACUACCUUCACUGGAGCAAAUCAAGAAGCAAUAACUGAAUCUGCUUGAUGCAACUUCUGUUUUGUGGGAAAUAUCUCUGCCAUUCUGUCCUGAUUGUCGAAUGUCUAACCAUUCAUAAAUUACUCUCAAGUUCCGGAGAGAAACAAAAUGUGACCGAGAAACUGAUGUUGAUCAGUCGCACAUCUGGAAGUAAAUGUUCAAGCUUCAGGAAACUGAAGUUCCAAGUAUGGAAGAUCUGAAAGUGCAAAUGUCCGAUACUCCUCGUGUUUGAGUGGAUUUCUCAAUUGGACGCAGUUGUAAAAUUUGUAUGUAAUCUUGCAACAAUUUCAACUGAUGAUCAUCAUCAUCAUACCGUAGUAAGUUUAACCAUUUUAUCUGUUUGAUUCGAAAAGGAAUUCCCUUUUCUGGUACUUUCAAAUCAAGAAGUUACCAGUUUGCUUGUGCAUGGACACAAGAAAGGAAACAAUUCUGCCAGCAUCACACGGCUUAACAUUUGAAAGAUGCAUUAUUUCGCUUGAGCUUAUCUGCCCAAUGACAUAUUUAUGGUAAUGCAAAAAAUAUAUUGAUACCUCUGUUGCUGUGAGUCAUCUUCCGUCAUUUCUGGCCAACUUUAAUAAGAAUUGAAGGCAGAGAUUGGAAACAAUUUUGGCGUUCUGAAAUUGGGGAAGUAAGGCAAAAAUUACGCCUACGUCUUACUCUGUUUCCAAAUUGUUUUCCAGAGCUAAUAAAUUUAGUAUGAGCCAUCAUAGCCUGCAAUCUUCGGGUUCUUCUUCUUCUUCACGCACUGACGAAUUUCCAUCAAGAUCUCUCUUUGAUUGUUAGUGGACAACCGCAAGGAUGUGGUUUUUGAUUGCAGCUACUCCAUCCACAAGUAUGGCGAGAAAAGAUGGAACUUCACGGGGAACAAGCAGGACUUGUUUGAUGCAGUCGGAAUCCGUACAUUCAAUGAAUCAGACCCCUGUUGAUUUCCAGAAUGGUUCUUCCCCACCAAGAUUCCGGAGAUCAAUGAUCAAGAACUACUUUUACAGAUACAUUGAGUGUUACAGUCUCACCUCAAGGCCCGCCAUCCAAGGGGUGAACAGCCGGAAUUUGAACCAGAAGACCACAAAUUGGAGUACGAAUUGCAGCGCAGAUUCUGUGGAACGACAAGAGAAUUUGAAUUCGGCCAUCGAAUAUUGCAAGAGCUCCAGCGGAUAAAUCAUUUGGGCUUGCAGGUUGUUAAGUUUUCACUUUUUCAGGAAUGCAGCAAGGGAGUAGCAUACUAGUUUUCCUCUUUUUGUUGCCUUUUAAUUUUUUGUUAGUCAUUGGGAAUAAGAUAUACAGUUCUUGGUCUGUUGGCCAGGUUUCAUGUUACAAAUUUUCAUUGUAUCUUAUCCUGUUUACGAAAUUAUUGAUCCUGAAUCAAAAUUGAAACCGUUGUUAGAUUUUGGAGUUGAGUUUUCAUGGACUUUCUGUUAUUCUGGAAUCCAAUA